AGAAGAAGUUAGAAAAACAAGAGAGGAAAGAUUAAUAAGCAGCUCACCACAAAAGACUCCUGUAUUACCUUUGCAGGAAGAACCAACAAUAACUGAAGUACAAGAGGAACUUCCAAAAGAAAACAUUCCUGUUCCAAACUUGGAAGAAAACCCCAAGGAAAAUGCUGAAAACCUAGCUAAUCUUGAUACAAUGAUGAUACAUUCAGAAGAGGUAACUAAGAAGAACGAUGAAACUGAUGACAAGCUAAAAUCUCUCUACAUUCAAGAAGAGUAUCUUUUCAAGAUCACAAACGUCUAUGCUCCACUGAACAUGAAAGACAGAACAGCUUUCUUUGAAAAUUGGAUUUCUCCUUUUGACGAAGACAAGAUAAACAUUAUUGCAGGAGAUUUUAAUACAAAUCUAGACCCAACUAUAAACAGAAUAAGCCAAGCCAAUGGACAAAAUAACCCAUCAAG